AUGAAGUUCAGCAACAUUGUUUUGGCUGCCAGCGCUGCUGCUGUGGCUUACGCAUACCCCCUAGGAAAAGACACUGUUCCUACCGAGCAGCGCGCUAAUCUUGAGAAGCGUGCUAAUGGGUUCACUUGGUUUGGUGUGAGCGAGUCUGGUGCUGAAUUUGGCGCCAAUAACAUCCCCGGUACUGCGGGCCAAGAUUACUCCUGGCCUAAGACUUCCGAGGUUCAGAUCCUACGAGAUGCCGGCAUGAACAUCUUCCGUGUGCCCUUCUUAAUGGAGCGUCUGGUGAAAAAUGGUAUUGCUGGUAGCCUGGAUGCCACUUACCUAGCUGGCCUUAAGUCUACUGUCAAGUUUGUGACGGAUAGCGGUGCCUAUGUCGUCCUGGACCCUCAUAACUAUGGAAGAUACCAUGGCAAUAUCAUCACCUCGACCUCCGAUUUCAAGACCUUCUGGAAGACCGUAGCUACGGAAUUUCUCUCUAACGAGAAGGUUAUCUUCGAUACCAACAAUGAGUACCAUGAUAUCGACCAAACCCUAGUCCUGAACUUGAACCAGGCUGCAAUUGACGGAAUCCGUGCUGCUGGCGCUAUUAGCCAGUAUAUCUUUGUCGAAGGUAACGGCUAUAGUGGUGCCUGGUCUUGGACUACCGAUAACGAUAACCUUAAGGCCCUUACCGACCCCCAGGAUAAGAUCGUUUACGAGAUGCACCAGUACCUUGAUACCGAUAGUUCCGGUACCUCCGAGUCUUGCGUCAGUGCCACUAUCGGCAAGGAGCGUCUCCAGUCUGCCACCGCCUGGUUGAAGAGUAAUAACAAGAAGGGCUUCCUUGGCGAGUUCGCUGGCGGCGUGAACUCUAACUGUGAAGCUGCUGUCGAAGAUAUGCUCUCCUACCUAUCCGAGAACAGCGAUGUCUGGACGGGUGCCGAGUGGUGGGCUGCAGGUCCUAUGUGGGGAUCUUACAUGUAUAGCUUGGAGCCAAGCAGCGGCCCUGCUUACUCGACCUACUUGCCCAUCCUCAAGAAGUACUUCGUCAGUGGCACUGCCUCUACCCCGUCAUCUUCUUCGUCUGCCCCCACUAAGACCACCUCCAAGCCCGACACCUCCAAGCCCGACACUACUGGAGUGACCUCUAAGCACUACGGCCAGUGCGGUGGCAUGUACUGGACUGGCUCCACUGCUUGUGAGAGUGGUACCACCUGCUCUAAGCAGAACCCUUACUACUCCCAGUGCCUUUGA